UUUGUGUGUGGUGCUAAGAAUACAAAUUUCGGUUUAUAACUUUUUAGUAGUUGAUUGAUUACAAUGCUAUAAUUAGGUGCUCAAUUAUAACACACAAUAGUUUUUCAUUGUUAUUGGAUUUGCAAUUAAAAGUGGUUUUAAUUAAUUCAUUUGUUGCAAAGAAAAGUAAAGGAUAUCUAAUGGGUUGGCUUAAGAUUUCCUGUCUAUUGUGUGUUUUUGGUUUUGUGCGGGAAAUACGUCCAUCAGAAUCGUAUUUAACAGAAUUUUUGGCAGGACCAUGGCGCAAUAUAACAGAGGAACAGUUAAACCGUCAAGUAUAUCCCAUGGGCACUUAUUCCUAUUUAGCACAAUUGGUAGUAGUGUUUUUGAUUACCGACUUUUUACUUUAUAAACCUUUAAUAAUAACAAUUGGUGUUAUGGGCAUUAUAAUAUGGAGCAUGUUAUUGUGGACUACCUCUCUAGAGGCUUUAAUGGCGGUGGAAUUUUUCUAUGGCACAUAUAUGGCGGCAGAAGUGGCUUAUUAUACGUAUAUUUAUGCCAAAGUAGAUAAAAAACAUUAUCCCAAAGUAACCUCACACACUAGAGCAGCAAUAUUUGCCGGCAAACUAGUGGCCGCUAUAUUGUCACAAAUAUUAUUAACAUUUAAUGUUAUGGAUUAUCGUGAACUUAAUUAUAUAUCGUUGGCAACACAAAUUAUAGCUACAUUAUGGGCUUUUACAUUACCCAAGGUUAAUAGAAGUUUAUAUUUUCAUCAAAAAUCUAAUGAUGAUAAAAAUCCAGCUACUACCGCAGAAUUAGAAAGUCAUUAUAAAAAUAAUAACCAAACAGAUAAACUUGUUAUGGUUAAACCUAUAAAAUUGCUAUGGUCUCACUUUAGAAAUGCCUAUACAAAUAUAAAGGUUUUACAAUGGUCCUUUUGGUACGCGCUGGGUUUAUGUGGCUAUUUACAAGUAUUAACUUAUGUUCAGUUAUUAUGGAAAGAUAUUGAAAGCAAUCCCGAUUUAAUUUGGAAUGGUGCUGUGGAUGCUUUAUCCACCGCCUUAAGUGCUUUGUUUGCCUUAGCAGCCGGUUAUGUUCAAUUUAGACUCUUAAAGUCUUAUACUGGUUUUGUAGUUUUAGCCGUUUUAUCUGCUCUAGAAGGUGGUGCUUUAUUACUAAGCUGCUGGACUGAAAAUAUCUUUAUUUCCUAUACAGGUUAUAUACUAUUUGGAGCCUUAUAUGCUUUUACUAUUACAGUGGCCGGUGCUGAGGUGGCUCGUUAUUUGGAAGAUGAUAGUUUUGGUUUAGUUUUCGGUAUAAAUACAAUGUUUGCUCUUAUUUUUCAGACGAUUUUAACGUUGGUGGUAAUCUCUGAUAACGGUUUUGCUUUACAGCCCAAAGAGCAAUUUACCGUUUAUGGAUUUUAUUUUAUAGUCGUUGGUAUUUUGUAUUUACUUUUUGUUGUAUUUGAAUAUUUUCUAACUAAAACAAAGAAAAAUAGUGAAAUGAUUUAAGAAAACUACGCUAAUAGUUUCUUGCCAUAAAAUUAAAAAAUAAAAAAGCUUAUAAAAAUAUAACAAAAAAAUUUUAUUAAUCCAAUAUAUAAACUGGGGAA